AAAUCUAGUUUCCGUUCUAUAUUCUCAUGUUCCGUGCUCAUACUGAAAAGGUUAGAAUAGUUGUGAGAACGAAUCUUUUCCCGUUUCGACAGAGAAGACGUGAUAUUAAAUAAGACACAAAAUGUCCAUUCGACCGGUCUAUCGACCAAAGAUCGUGAAGAAGAGGACGAAAAAGUUCAUCAGGCAUCAAAGCGAUAGAUAUGAUAAACUCAAGCGCAACUGGCGUAAACCGAAAGGUAUUGAUAAUAGAGUUCGUAGGCGUUUUAAGGGCCAAUAUUUGAUGCCUAACAUUGGUUAUGGUAGUAACAAGAAGACACGUCAUAUGCUACCAACUGGCUUCCGCAAGGUCCUCGUACAUAAUGUCAAGGAACUAGAAGUCCUCAUGAUGCAGAACCGUAAGUUUUGUGCAGAAAUCGCACAUGCAGUUAGCAGUAAAAAGAGGAAGGCCAUCGUUGAACGUGCUCAACAACUUUCCAUACGUGUGACGAAUGCCAGUGCACGCUUGCGUUCGGAAGAAAAUGAGUAAGAAUUGUUUGUCGUGUAUUUUGGCAAUAAAAUAUUGAAAAUGUA